GCGGGGCUGACGGGAAGAUGGCGGCCGGCAGCAGCGGUGGCCCGGGCGCUCCGUGCCGGCACCACGCGCAGCUGGGAGCCUGCGAGUCGCGCGCCAAGUACCGCGAGGGGUGGCGGCCGCGCGCCGUGAAGGUUUACACUAUCAACUUGGAAUCUCGCUAUUUACUGAUACAAGGAGUUCCUGCAUUAGGUGUUAUGAAGGAAUUAGUUGAACAAUUUGCAUUAUAUGGUGCCAUUGAGGAAUAUCAUGCUCUAGAUGAAUAUCCAGCAGAGCAGUUUACUGAAGUGUACCUUAUAAAAUUCAAAAAACUGCAGUGUGCAAGGGUGGCCAAGAAAAAAAUGGAUGAACGAAGUUUCUUUGGUAGUUUGCUGCACGUGUGCUAUGCUCCAGAAUUUGAAACAGUCCAAGAAACUAGAGAGAAGUUGCAGGACAGAAGAAAGUAUAUAGCAAAAGCAACAAAUCAAAGAGAAAUUUAAAGCACUGGCAGGAAAUUUGGGAUCACAUGUGUUUUCACCCUUGUUCCACCCUCCUCAGGCAUGCCAGAGGGACAGUUUUGGAAGGAAUAUGACUAUACCAGAACCAUCAAAAAAAUUUCUCCAGCGCACAUCUUUGUACUGGGGGAUUUUUAAGAAUGGACUGUGUUUACAAAGGCUUCUGUACCACAGAGUUCCCAGGCAGCGCUGAAGGCUGGGCAAGCUGAAGAAUAAGCAAAUUGCUGAGCACAAGCUUUUCCUUUCAUGUGCUCACAUACUUGGUAUCAUUAUUCAUUGUGUGAGGAUUUCUAAAGGGAGUAAACCCACUGAUUUUUAACAUCAAAACAUCUGUGUUUUUUCAAUGUUAUAAACCAGCAAAGGCACUAGACUAGAAAAUUGGUUUGAAAGUUGAAUUUGUUAUAUUUGAAGCUUAAAAAUAAUCACAGAAAGGUACUGGGUAUCACUGGUAUUGUUUUGUUCUUGGCUGUUAGAACUAAUAAUGACAUGAAAUACUGAAGGUGGUUCUUUGUUGUUG